ACAAUUAAGAUACAUGGGACGUUUUUGGUCUGAUUGUCUGUUCCGUUGCCCAGCCAAUUGCGGGGCCCGGUAAUUAGCAUGAAGAACGGUGAAAUAUAUUUGUUCAGAAUGAAAACGACACUAUAUAUUAAAGAAAAUUUUCACAUGGAAAGAACUUAGAAUCUUCCGGUUAGGUGAGAUGCACCCAAAGAAGAAAAAUAAGACAUGCCCAUUGGAACUUCAGAUGGGCAAGAGAGGCACUGAACGGUUCAUUCCAGCUUAUCGCCAUUUCAUGCUUGCGGGUCUAACAGAGAAAUCCUUCCCAUCAUCUGUCAUCAUACCACAAGAGAUACAGUUUUUGGUGUAAUGACAGUCAUUUCCUUCAAUCGGUGUCAUCGCAGGAGUGGGUUUUAGAGGAAUACCUAAACAAAUUUGGGCUGCAAAAGAAAUCAGAAUGGAUUCCUUUACCCAGAAUUAUCUGCAAUGCAAAAUCCCAGAAGCCAUGAUGAUGGGUUCACCACCACCUGAUUUAGUCCUUAGGCCCUUUGGAUUUCAGGUUGAUUUGGUAUCCGCCCACUGUGUUUCAGGCUGCCUUACUAUCACAGAAAGCUGUUGUCAGCCUUUCAAGGUGCUUCACGGAGGCGUGACAUCACUUAUAGCAGAAGGGCUAGCAAGUAUUGGAGCUCACGUUGCCUCUGGAUAUAGAAGGAUUGCUGGUAUAGAGCUGAAUAUCAACCAUUUGAAGGCAGCUCCUCUGGGAACGGCUGUCCAUGCAUCUGCAAAGCCUAUCACUUUGGGCAAAAGAAUUCAGGUAUGGGAGGUGAAAUUCUGGAAAAUUCCAGCAUCAGAUGUUUCUUCACGAACAGAUUCAUCUACUUUACCUAAGAACUCUGUUUUGGCUGUUUCAAGAGUCACCUUUUUGGUGGGCCUGCCAGUGUCUAAAGGUGCAUCUAGAGCCCCAGAAGCUGUUAAAAUACCUUCAAGUAUGUAACCAGCAUUUAACUAGAAAUGUGAAAUCCCUGUCUGCAUCAGCAUUCAAGAAAAUAUUGUCAUUUAAAAUUAUUUGUAAAUUAGAUUUGAAGCAUUGAAGGGUCCAUAUAAAACCAUUUACUUGGUACAUGACAGCCAUAAGAGAUUUGUAAGUUUUUGCUACCAUUUGAGUCACUAUUUAGAUCCCUAAAUAGGUAAAACUAAAUGUUACAGUAUAUACUGUGGGAGGCAUGUAUUUCCUGGCUGUUGAGGGGCUACUCUUCAUAUAUGUUCCACUCUUAACUGCAAUGCCCAUGGGUGUGUUAUUUGCUUGUUUGACAAGUCGAAGUGAAAGUAAUUCCUAUCUGAAGAUAUGGGGGAAUUUCAUGAGAAUUCUGAGAACCUGGAUUUUUGUCUAGGAGCAAAGAAUGAAUAUUGUAAAUGAUGCUUCCAUUGAGUUCUCAUUUUAUGUUACACUGACUAAAUACUUCUGCGUCUCGAAUAGAUGCAUAAUUCUACAGUAUGGGGAAGAGCCUCAUGAACAAGUAAAUAUAAAAGAGAAGACAAUUAGUAAUGAACAAUUCCCUAUAUCAGGAUGAAAAUCAUUACGAACUUACAAAGUCAUAGGUGGUAGUGCUGUUAUUGUAAUUGAGAACCUAGCAAUCACUCUCACUUGAAGGAUGCUAUAGAAAUAUCACCACUGGCAACUGUUCUAAAUUCAGCAUUGGCUGCAAUAUAUGAAAGUGUUGACCACAACUUGAAAAUUUUA